AUGCUCUUCAUCCUCACUCUUGUGUCACUACUCCUCUCCUCAGUGGCAGCGGAAACACUCAUAGCGACGGCUCAAAGCGCGCUGGACACAUUUAUUCAAAAGGAUAGCCACUGGAAUACGGAAAUCACGGGAAUAAGUACGACAAAUGGAUCAUUUCUGGUGUUCUAUCGAGGAUCCUCUCUUUCACUCGGCUAUCACUUCCAAGCCGAUUCAUCGAUCGACCACAGAGCAUGGUUGGAUGGAGUGCCCGUCAAUCGUCCCAUGAACAUUACGAAUAUAAGCGCUUCGACAUCCAACGGUACAACCUUCAUCUCUGGAUCCGAAAUGGAUCACCAAUUACGUAUUGAUGUAUCCUCGGACUCGGCAAUCACUCUGGACUCGCUCAAUAUCACAUACGCAUCAACAAAUCCUUUAUCUACACUAUAUGGUAACCGGGCGACACAGGUGCCACGCGACGCAGGCAUCCUAGACGAUCAGGAUUCGCGUAUUCUACGCUCCAAUGGAUGGCAAAACCGCACGGCCGACUCUUUUGCGUGGAAUAAUACGCUUUCAACUACGAGUACUCCCGGUUCAUGGAUAGCAAUGGCGAUGGUCGGCAAAGGUGCCUCUUUCUGGAUUUAUGGCAUGAUGGAAACAACCACGUCGUUUAUCAAGGUCGAAGUUUACAGCUAUCAUCGCUCUGACCCAAUCAACGUGACGGAGAUUGUGCGCGUUGGUGGUGAUGACAGUGGAAACGCCCUGGGAACGUCCCUCUACCAGGUUCCUUUGUACAAGCUCGACGGCUUCAGCAUUGAUACCUACUAUCUCGUCAAGCUUACGCUCUUGGAGGGAACAUUCUCCUUGGAUUAUAUCAGAUCUGGGACAAACUUCCAAACAUUUACGUCGCUCCAGACAUACGAGGAUCUGCCAGAGAGUGUCACUCCCGAAACAGUCAUCAUCCUCGUCAGUGUUCUUGUCCCAUUGUUCUCUAUCUUCGCCGCUAUCGGCCUAUUCCUGAUAUGGCGCCGACGAUAUCGACGACAGAAUCACCCAUCAAUUGGUAAGAAAAGCGCAAAUUUCGUUGGACGAUCAGUCAAACGGCGGUACACCAUCCAUCCCUACGAGACUACUGGACCUGGAACAAGGAUGAAUGCGGGCACCAAGAUGUCGCGAAUACAUAACACGUCUUCCGGUGUGGAACGUCAGACGGGUACUCCAACGGCAGAAACAAGGUCAACGCGCAGCACAGAAUCACCAGUCGGCGUUGGAACGACAUUACUUCUCAGCAACACUCUUUCGUCUUUGACAGAUCGUCCUCUGGUAUCUAGUGCCGACGAUGGAGAGGGGGCCGAAGACGAAGAUCAACCGAUUGCGAUGACACACGAAGAGCUUGCUCUCGUUUUUGCGCGUGCCACCGAGUUGCGUACUUUGCAAGACCGCGUUGCCGAGUACGGACACGACGAAGAUAGGCAAAGGCUCGAGGAAAGAAAAGAACAGGAGAAUUUAGAGACACUUGCGAGACAGUUGGCUGGGUUGGAAUGA